AUGGAAGUUUCGGUUGUUCACCUACAAAGCUCGAGUGUUUGGGCUCAAGGAGCUAAUUUGGGUUAUUUCCAUGUUCCUUCGAGGAUUAUCCCAGAGCCAAAUGUUACUUGGUUAGAUAUAGUCUUUUCAAAUCUAGGAAAUUGGUCGUCUUAUUACUACAACAUGCCAAAUUACACUUUUGUCACCCCGAUCCUUGGUUUUAGUGCCUAUGGUGUAACAUACACACGAGGUCAAAAUGGUCAUUUCACAACUACAACAACCAAACUAAAACUUGCUCUUGUUAGGCGCCCUAUUAUGGUUCGAUUCCCUUCUCUAUGGCUUCCUAAAGGGCAAUGUGUCAAGUUUUACUCAAAUGGGAGUACGACAAUAACAAACAUGUCCUUGUCCCACACUUGUGACGUGUGGGACCAAGGAUACUUUGCAAUUGUCGUGCGGGCCCCACCAUCACAUCAUAUAUGGAGAUGGUGGGUGUGUGGAUUUGGAAUUGGAAGCAUUGGAUUAAUAUUGUGUGGAUAUGUUUUAUUUAAAGUAAUUAGAUUUUUCGAAAAGAAAAAAAUUCAAAUGAUGGAGUUACAGUCUGAGAAAACUGAGGUUUUGCAUACAACAUAUGUCGGACAUAGUAGAAUGCCUUCGGCUUUUGGGAUAAGGACUCAACCCGUUCUUGAGAACGAUUAUUGCCCUUGA